GUGAUGUACUGGGGGGCCAAUAACAAGGAUUUCAGUUUUAUUUGAGUUGAGCUGAAAAAAAAUUAUCGACAUCCAAUUAAAUGCGUAUAGAUGGUCACGGUUGAAAAACAACAAUAUUCAUAUUAACAAACUAUUUGAAGUAUUUGGUUAAGCUACGAAGUCCACUGUGAAAAGAAACAAAAAAUAUUGUAAUUUAAUUCGGAUUCACCUUAUUUUGAAAAGUUUAGCCGGAAGUUGCCGUUUUAACUGUGCUUGACUAAACAGUAGCCAGUUCUAGCUGUCUGGUGUCAAGUUUUGUAAGAUUUUUUUGUGGCGUACAUUCGUGAAUUGACUUUACCGUCGGUUGGAAACUAUUCCACUUAACAUUAGGUGUGGUAUUAGUUAAGCAAAAAUGCCUGAAUUUGUUGACUCCGACGAAACCACUCCAUUGCUCAGGGAUGAUGCAAGCAGUGAUGACUCUCAGGAUGAAGAUUACAAGAGUCGGUGGAGGUCUAUCCGAAUCAUGUACUUCACUAUGUUUCUCAGCAGUGUAGGUUUCACUAUUGUCAUCACAUCACUGUGGCCCUAUUUGCAAAGGAUUGAUGAUGGCGCCAAUGCCACCUUCCUGGGAUGGGUGGUGGCAGCCUACAGUCUUGGUCAAAUGGUGGCCUCACCCAUUUUUGGUCUUUGGUCCAACUACCGGCCACGCAGGGAGCCACUGGUGUGCUCCAUCCUCAUCAACCUGUCAGCCAAUAUCUACUAUGCCUACGCAUACCUGCCCAGAACCAACAACAAGUUCCACAUUCUCAUGUCCAGAGCCUUUGUGGGCUUUGGAGCAGGUAACGUUGCUGUGGUGAGGUCCUAUGUUGCUGGAGCUACAUCACUGAAGGAGAGGACCAGUGCCAUGGCAAACAUGAGUGCCUGUCAGGCCCUGGGUUUCAUCCUGGGACCAGCUCUGCAGGCAUGCCUGUCAUUCAUUGGUGAGCGUGGUGUCACGGUUAAGAUCAUAGACCUGCAGCUCAACAUGUACACUGCUCCUGCUUUCCUGGCUGCAGCUUUUGGCCUCAUCAACAUCCUACUGGUUGUUUUGGUGCUGAGAGAGCACCGUGUUGAUGACCAUGGAAGGCACAUGCCAGCCAUCAACUACACAUCGGAAGACAGCGUUGACAUAAGUGAAGAAACUGAGGAGACCAUCGAUCAGGUAGCGGUCCUGACUUCCAACAUCCUCUUCUUCAUCGUCAUGUUCAUCUUUGCGGUCUUUGAGACAAUUGCCACCCCUCUGUCCAUGGACAUGUUCGCUUGGACAAGGAAAGAAGCCGUGUUAUACAAUGGCAUCAUCAUCUGCUGCAUUGGAUUUGAAUCCAUAUUGGUGUUUCUAGUUGUAAAAGUGGCCUCUCAAAGAGUCGGGGAUCGUCCUGUGUUGCUAGUUGGCUUGGCCAUUAUAUUCUGUGGCUUCUUUAUUCUGCUUCCAUGGGGAAAUUAUUACCCUAAAAUCCAGUGGGCAGACCUCAAAAACAACUCCUUGGUCAGUCAGAUGUCUGAAGCCAAGAUAGCCUCCAACAGCUCUUUGGAGCCAACAGGCUGCCCGUAUGAACAGACCUGGUGCCAGUAUACUCCUGCCAUCAGUCUGGCCCAGUACAUCUCAUCUGACAUCCUCAUCGGGGUGGGAUACCCAGCCUGCAACGUGAUGUCCUACACACUGUAUUCCAAAAUUCUCGGACCCAAACCUCAGGGUGUGUACAUGGGGUGGUUGACAGCCUCAGGGAGCGGGGCCCGGACAUUGGGCCCAGUUUUUGUCUCCCAGGUCUAUACCAUCCUGGGACCCCGCUGGGCAUUCAGCCUCAUAUGUGGUAUGGUGGUAGGGACCAUCAUCCUCUUCGGCUCUCUUUACCACAGACUCAUUGCCUUUUCUGUACGCCACGGAAGGACUGCAGAAUAACAAGUGCAGACUUCCCACUGCAGAGACUCCUACAUUUAUUUUCAAAGACUUUGAGAAAAUCCAGGCUAUGCUCUGUUGCUGUUACUUACUUUAAAAUGUGGUAACUGAUAAGCUCUGAGAGUUUCUGACUCAGGGUUGACCUUUAAACUCUAAGGCAAAGAGAUAAGGCCAGGUUCUUUCUUACAACUGGACCAAAAAUGGCUGCUUUGCAAGUUAAAAGGGAGCGACCACUGUAUGGCAUUGCUUUGUAAGAGGUGGGUCAAUGAUAUCAAACCAAUUGUAGUUUGAAAUCGAGUGUUACUAAAUAUUUUGUUACUGAAUGCACAAGUUUUAUGUAAUUGCAUAGUUGGUCUCAAAGAUAAAUUAAUUAUAUUUUUUUUUAAUACAGACUAAUUUAGCAAAGCCUUUGUAAGACCUAAAAAGGUUCUCAGAAUGUAUUUGAAUUAAAUUAUAACAUUUGUGAAAUCUACCGGCACACAGGAGCAACCAUGACCAUAAAAUAAAUGAUAUCAAAUUAUUUGAUAUUUAGUUUUUACUGACAGAAAAUGUGUUGACUACUGAAUUAUGUUUGAUUCACUGGAUGUGGCAUUCCCUAUACUUUAUUUACUGAUUGAACGUCUUUGAAAUUGUGAUUUUGAUGGUUAAGUGGAGAAUAGAAGAGACGUUGGUUUCACUGUGCAAUGAUGGUUCUCGUGGAAUAAAUGUGACUUGAGAGAGAGAGAUGCAAACAUUACAUAUGGGGUUUAAAUAAAACAUUUCCACAUUCAGUUGUUCUCCUCUAAAGGGAGAUGUUGAUAAUAUUUUCCUAUUAUAUUUUUCCUAUUUCUGUUAAUGGCUGUUUGUGGUUUAAAACUACAAGUUGUCUACCUGAAAUAAUUCAGAAAGUGAUGUGUGGAUGCUAAUAUUUACUGAGUGAUGCAUUAAACAAUGAUUGUGAUCUUAAA